GGAUCAUAUACCAGUGUUCAUAUGUUUUUGACCCGCGUUGUUUUGGCCAUACUUCAACCGUUUGGAGCACAGCUCGUCCAGCCGUUGCUGUCUGGACGCGCCUGGUCUGGGUGGCAGCAGCCAUGGCCGCCGGUCCUCUGACCGACUCGGUGCCCUUCGAGAAGCGCAGUGCGGAGGCCCGAAGAAUCUUGGCCAAGUACCCCGACCGCAUUCCCGUGAUAUGCGAAAAGGCUAGCCGCUCCCAGCUGCCAGACAUCGACAAAAAGAAGUUUCUGGUGCCCGGUACCAUGCUCUGCGGCGAGUUCAAGUACAUUAUUCACAAGCACAUCAACCAGACCGUAGACGCGUCAAUCGCCUCCGACCAGACCAUCUACCUCUUCGUGCAGAGCACCUCCCCGAAGACUGGUGCACUGAUGUCGGAGGUCUACGACCAAUACAAGGCGGACGAUGGCUUCUUGUACAUCACAUAUAGCGCGGAGAACACGCUGGGGUGAGGAGAGCUGGCGCACUGAGCGGGCGCGAAGACGUCAUGCCGCACGGGAACCUCGCGGGAGGAGAUUUUCGCAACAGGUUUCAAUUGCAGCGCCGCGUCCAGUGGGAGCACCUCGGCGAAUAGUGCGAAGUAGACUCGCUGGAGCGUGAAUGGCUUGUGUCACGAUGUGAACCAUAUCGUGGGGCCCAAACCGCACUUUCGACGUAUGAUGCCUUCCAAUCGUGGUGUUUCCCUAUUCGUCGUCAUGAUUAGUCGUGUCGUGUUGUACCCUUGGCGCGGAGGUUGCUCAUCGGUUUUGAGGCCCCAUUCUCUCCGAAUUCGCGCUCGUGUGUACAUACUCGCGAUCACCUUCUUUCUCAUUCGGGCAGUUGUAGGCCGUACAGUGCCACGGAUGGCAGCGGGCCUUUUUACAAAUUGGCACACAACGUCGUGCCUUUGAAGCGUUUCCCUGGGACGUGGGACGUGAUAUCGGGCAGGCCUACUCUUGCAGUCCUUCCUCUUCCUCCUAAUCCUCUUUCUCCUUGCCCUC